CUUAGGGCCUGCCGCGAAAGUUGACGUUGUAGUGCCAGACAACAUCGUUGUUGAGACUACACGACAUCAAGUGAAGGUAAAGGAACAACAUGAAUACCCCUCAGGAGGAGGUGCAGAAGCUGAGAUGAAGUAUCCGACUCGACCUGCGAGCAAAGAAUCUACUUCCGCUUCAAGCAUUCAAGAGGUUGCCUCCAUUCAAGAAAUCGCGUCAGUUUAUGCUUGACAUUAUCUAUCAAAUUUAGAAGAGGAGAAGGAGCGCAUCGAUACAAAGAUGAAAAGGAGAGGAUGAGACUUAUAAAGCCUCCUGGGCCCCAGGUCCUCUCAUUUAGAAUUUCAAUUUUUCCUCUCUAAUAAGGGCAAGAAGAAGACACACGCUCAUCCUCAGCGCAUGAUUCCAGUGCGUCAUCAUCGGUCCGCGAUGGCGGCGAGGACGAUUCGAAGCAGAUUG